AUGGAGGUCGAUAGCGAUAAUGGACCUCUCACUCUUUUCGCCACGGGCGCUGCUGUGGAAAAGGACGUCUGGCCUGCUGUGCGCAGUGACAUAAUUGCCAGACUUGACAAGAUUGCGCACAACGAAUUCCCCAUCCCUAAACUACCGCCUCCACCACCGGCUCACCAGCCUCCUGUCGAGGUGCGAGCAUCUGCGCCCUCGUCACCACAAGCCGAAUCGUCUCAAGAAACGAACAAGGAAACUUCUGCAACCGAGUCGCUUCCAGCUACGCAAGUCAUCGAUGGCGCGCUACCCAAGCAACUGGCCGAUAUGGUCAUUGACAUCACGAAACACCUCGAGACCUUUGAGACGCACCCCCCACACACCAUCCAGCGCCUUGCCGAGCUGAUCUUACGACCCAGAGCGCAUUACAGAGCAGUAGCGCCUUAUCUACAUGCCGUUGAUCGCGUAGUCCAAGUGACAUCGAGCACGAAGACAUAUCCCCUGCCACCGCCUAUUCCUGACAUGUCUUCAAUGCAUUUGAAUGGCGAGGACCCCAAGGAUCCGGCAGUCUCAGUCUCAUGGAGCAACCCUACAACGGCAGCACUGGGCACAGAUGAAGCGCUAGGAGGAGCACUGCUAACGCCUAUUCCUUGGUUGACGAGGCGCAGCCCGGAGAGUUCACAGGACACCCCGGGAGCCCAAAUUCACAGCGAAAGCACCGAGACCAUCGAGGGUCCCAAUGGAGUGGGAAGCAUCGAGACAGUUUCAGUCAGCGUCAACGGAAUUCCAUCUACAGGGCAUGCACGAGGGGUCACACAAGGAGAACUCUUACGCCAAGAGCAAAGAGCCGGCGUGGUCCCCGUCAGCCAACUGUCAAGAGCCCAAGAAGUGGUUCUUGAGGGAGAACGUAUGACGAUGGACGACGAAGAGGACGAAGAGCCACGUGAGGAAGAAGACGAGAUACCCCAUGCCAGAGGACCCGAAGAGAUCGGCAUGAGCGACACCGGCCCUCAAUCCACAACUACGAGUUUCAUGUCAGAAGGUAGCAUGGGGAUGCAAGGGAUCGAUGUCGAGGCGGCAGUUGGCAGGAAACAUGACGAUGACGAGGAAGGCAAGGUCGAUGUGGACGCUGAUGGAGAUGCUGAGGGUGAGAGUGAACCCAAGAGCCCUGGCGCAGAGAGCGUAGGCUCCAAGAGGGAGGCAGACGAAGACCUUGAAAGCGAAACCCACAAGAAGCUAAAGGAAGAGGAAGAAGAAGACAAAGCCGAGGACGACAAGAAAGCUGAUACAGCGGCUUCUGAUGUUAAGGAAGAAGAGAAAAAGGGAGAGGAAGCCAAAGCUCCAGCGAGCCAGACGAAGUCAGAAGCCGAUGACAAUAAGAUGGAUACCGAAUAG